AUGACAUCUCCGCCACCGCUCCAGGGUAUCAAGGUGCUCGAAUUUGCCGGUCUAGCACCAGGGCCGUUUGCAGGCAUGCUCCUCUCCGACGCGGGCGCGUCGGUGCUCCGGAUCGACCGGCCGAUUCCGGGGUCGACGCACACGGCGGGGUCGCCGCCGCCGGCGACGGCAGACAUGCUGGCGCGGCGCAAGACGUCGAUAGCGGUGGACCUGAAGGCGGCGGACGGGGCGGGGCUGAUCCGGCGGCUGGCCUCGCACGUGGACGUGCUGAUCGACCCGUUCCGUCCCGGGGUGCUGGAGCGGCUGGGUCUGGGGCCGGGGGAGCUGAGGUCGCGCAACCGGCGGCUGGUGUACGCGCGGAUGACGGGGUUCCGACGUGACGGGCGGUACGCCGCCAUGGCCGGCCACGACAUCAACUACCUCGCCGUGUCGGGGGCGCUGAGCCUGCUGGGGAGGGAGGGGAGCCGGCCCCACGCGCCGUGGAACAUGCUGGCCGACUUCGCCGGCGGCGGGGCCGCUCUCUUCCAAGGCAUCCUGAUGGCCCUGGUGGCCCGGGCCGCCUCGGGGUCCGGACAGGUCGUCGAGGCCAACAUGGUGGACGGGGCGUCGUACCUGGCCACGUUCCCCCGCAUGGCGCUGCGCACCCCGAUCGGGGACAGGCCCCGCGGGCGGAACCUGCUCGACGGCGGCCGUCCCUGGUACGACACCUACCCGACCCGCGACGGGGGUCACAUGGCCGUCGGGGCCCUGGAGCCCCGCUUCUUCGCCGAGCUCCUCCGUCUCCUCGGCCUGGCCGGCCAGGGCUGGGAGGAGGCCAGGGACGACGAGGCCAGCUGGCCCGAGCUCAGGGCCGUGCUCGAGGCCACCUUCCGACGCCGCACCAGGGCUGAGUGGGAGGCCGUCUUCGACGGCUCCGACGCCUGCUGCACCCCCGUGCUGGACUAUCGCGAGCUCCACGACCAGCGCGGGGCCAGGGAGGGCGACCAGAGACCCGUGGUCGGGCUGGAGGCCACACCGUGCCUCGCCAUCUCGUCUACCCCCCACCCCCGGAGUCAGGGCGACGCCGUGCCGGGGGAGGGUUACGUUGGUGUGCCGCUCGGCGCGGGCGAGGGUGGACGCCAGACUCUGCGCGAUUGGGCUGGCUGGGAGGGAGGUAGGGAGUACGAUGUCGUCCAUGGCGGUCUCGUGCUUGUCGAUGCGUCCAAGCUAUAG